ACUUAAUUAGGUUAAUCUAAAUCUAACUCAAUUGAUUAUUAGAUAAGAUAUUAUAUUAGGAAAGUUGAAGAGGGUUAAAAGAAAAUAUUAGGGUUUCAUGUUCUUGGGGUUGAGCCCAAUGAUCGACCCAGGCCUUUAUCUAGCGUAUGCCCAUGUGGGCUUUAGACCCGCAUCCAUGACCGAAGUAGGCUUGCCGUUGAAUAUUCUGCUUUUGAUUUAUUUAUGCUGAGCUCACUGAAAUCACUGAGCGACAAGACAGAAGCGCGAAAAAGCUCGUAGGAUAUGAUGAGUAGCUUGCGUCGGCGUUGUGGCUGGCUUCUGCGGCCGGUCGUUGCCCAUAUCGAUACAACCACCAAAGCUUCUGUCUCUGCUAAGAUUCGGUGGAGGUCGUAUUUCAGUUUCGGGUCAUCUCCAAUGAGAUUCAGAGUCAGAGAAAGUAAAGUUCCUUGCCCAACUAUCUUGGAAACUAUUCGGUAUCGAUUCUUUUCCUCAGUUUCUGCAUCGAAAUCCAGGAUUGGAUUUGUUGGAUGGUACAUGAGGAAACUCGACACUCACCCGUUUAUCACUAAAAGUAUCACUUCUUCGCUCAUUUAUGCGGCUUCUGACUUAACCUCUCAGGGAUGGAUAAGGAUGUCUUCUUUUCUGGGCCUUUUCUACUUAUCCUUAACCUCUUGUUCCUUGUAUUUCAUGGCCAUUGAUGAAUUUGGUUCACUUGUUCAACUUUCUUCAGUUUUCUACUACACCCCUCAUGGAGGCAGCUACACCCUUCGCAAUUUACCUUCUUAUAUCCUCUUGUUCUGGUUUAUUUCGUCUUCUAAUUGUUUGGUUUACUUAAAUUGUGUUCAGAUGAUUACAAUGCCAUCUCCUGGCUCUUUUGACUUAAUAAGAACAACACGGAUGACUGCUUAUGGAUUGUUGAUAUUGGGGCCAUCCCAGCAUUUGUGGUUUAAUUUCAUGUCUACAAUCUCACCAACACGAGAUUUAUUGUCAACUUUCAAGAAGAUGUUUCUGGGGCAGGCUGUGUAUGGACCUAUUAUUACCUCUGUUUUCUUCUCCUACAAUGCAUCGUUGCUAGGUGAAAGUGGCCGUGAGAUUGCUGCUAGAUUAAACCGCGAUUUGCUUCCAACAAUGUUAAAUGGGCUGUUGUAUUGGCCAGUCUGCGAUUUCCUCACAUACAAAUUUGUCCCCGUUCAUCUACAGCCAUUGAUAAACAGUUCGUUUCAAUAUGUGUGGACCAUUUAUCUGACAUACAUGGCAAGCUUAAAAGCAGUUGAUAUCAAUUGAAGCAGUAGUAGAUUUGAAGAGAGUGCCCAUUUGUUUUCAGGAAUCGGUUCCCUUAUUCGUCUGUCUUGUUUGGCAACAACCCUUGUGAAGCAGCAGCCUUCUACACUGCUUGGAAGGAGAAGCUCUUCAAUUCAAGGACUUCUUCUACUUCGCGUGAAGGCCUGCAGUGUUUGUUUGAUUAUGUAAAUUUAAUGGCGAUGAACCAGCAAUGACUUUAUUAUGUUCUUUGGUAUGUGAAAUCUAUUCCUCAUUUUGAGCACCA